CGGACGCUUCCAGAACGCAUGCGCCCUCUGCCGCGUUUCAUUUGGAGCGCAUCACGCAUGCGUGGCUGAAGCCAGACUCUUCAACGCGCAUGUGCGGGCUUGGCGCCUCCGCCUUGUCUGAGUUGCGAGUGAACGCGCACGUCUUUCGGCGCCGCGCACGUCCUUCAUGUUAACGGACCAGUGAGGAGGGGGGGGAAGCGCUCACAGAAAAUAAGCCGGAAACUUUCGCCGCGGGGCCUGACGGGAGAAUGUCGCUGCACAGAGCCGGAAAGGGCUGAGGUACGGCGGGGUGGUUGUCCUCUCGCACUCGCUUACAUUCCGGCGGCCCCUUUUCACCGGGGACGCUCACACGGCCUACUCCCCCCCCCCCCCGCAGGGGGGCUAUGGUGGGACGGUGCUGAGGUUGCCAUGGAGACCCACAUCUCAUGCCUGUUCCCGGAGCUGCUGGCCAUGAUCUUCAGUUACCUGGACGUGCGGGACAAGGGCCGGGCUGCUCAGGUGUGCGCUGCCUGGCGGGACGCGGCCUAUCACAAGUCGGUGUGGCGGGGCACCGAGGCCAAGCUGCACCUCCGCCGGGCCAACCCGUCUCUCUUCCCCAGCCUGCAGGCCCGGGGGAUCCGUAAGGUGCAGAUCCUCAGCCUCCGGCGCAGCCUGAGCUACGUCAUCCAGGGCCUCCCCGACAUCGAGAGCCUCAACCUGAGCGGCUGCUACAACCUGACCGACAACGGCCUGGGCCACGCCUUCGUGCAGGAGAUCGGCUCCCUCCGAUCGCUCAAUCUGAGUCUGUGCAAGCAGGUAACCGACAGCAGCCUGGGCCGCAUCGCCCAGUACCUCAAGGGCCUGCAGGUGUUAGAGCUGGGGGGCUGCACCAACAUCACCAACACCGGCCUGCUGCUCAUCGCCUGGGGCCUCCACGGCCUCAAGAGCCUCAACCUCCGCAGCUGCCGACACGUAUCGGACGUCGGGAUCGGCCACCUGGCCGGGAUGACCCGCAGCGCCGCGGAAGGCUGCCUGGGCCUGGAGCAACUCACCCUGCAGGACUGCCAGAAACUCACCGACCUGGCCCUCAAGCACAUCUCCCGGGGGCUGCAGGGACUGCGCGUCCUCAACCUCAGCUUCUGCGGCGGAAUCUCAGACGCAGGGCUGCUGCAUCUGUCGCACAUGGGGGGACUGAGGAGCCUCAACCUGCGCAGCUGCGAUAAUAUCAGCGAUACUGGCAUCAUGCAUCUGGCUAUGGGCUCCCUGCGUCUGUCCGGGCUGGAUGUAUCCUUCUGCGACAAGGUGGGGGAUCAGAGUCUGGCCUACAUUGCCCAGGGAUUGUAUGGGCUCAAAUCGCUCUCUUUGUGUUCCUGUCACAUCAGUGACGAUGGGAUCAACCGCAUGGUGCGACAGAUGCACGGCCUGAGGACUCUAAACAUUGGCCAGUGCGUCCGCAUCACCGACAAAGGCCUGGAGCUCAUAGCCGAGCAUCUGAGCCAACUCACCGGCAUCGACUUGUACGGCUGCACCCGCAUCACCAAGAAGGGGCUGGAAAGGAUCACCCAGCUCCCCUGUCUUAAAGUGCUCAACUUAGGCCUCUGGCAGAUGACUGAGAGUGAAAAAGUCAGGUGAGGGGCCCCCCCUCAAUGUGGCCCUUCCAAGGAACUCCUGUGACUGAUACAUCAGUAAUGCCUGUGGGCCCCCCCCUAGUCAAGUGCUGCCGGGGCCACAGCAAACGGGGAAGGGGGGGUAACGUUAAAAAUCAUUUCCACUGCUUUCAUUGCUGGGGACUUGUUGGUUAUCCAGGACUUUGUUUGUUAAACCCGUUCCCUAAAGCUAAAACCCCAUUGGGGGAGGCGACUGCAAAAUGUUGGGUUUUAGGGAACGGUUUAAUGGGGUACUGACCCGGGUCAUGAUCAUCAGUAAUAACCAGUGGGUUCCCAUGAAAUGUGCAGCCUGCACUGACCCUACGGGGGGAAUGGUUUAAUGGGGUACUGACCCGGGUCAUGAUCAUCAGUAAUAACCAGUGGGUUCCCAUGAAAUGUGCAGCCUGCACUGACCCUACGGGGGGAAUGGUUUAAUGGGGUACUGACCCGGGUCAUGAUCAUCAGUAAUAACCAGUGGGUUCCCAUGAAAUGUGCAGCCUGCACUGACCCUACGGGGGGAAUGGUUUAAUGGGGUACUGACCCGGGUCAUGAUCAUCAGUGAUAACCAGUGGGUUCCCAUGAAAUGUGCAGCCUGCACUGACCCUACGGGGGGAAUGGUUUAAUGGGGUACUGACCCGGGUCAUGAUCAUCAGUGAUAACCAGUGGGUUCCCAUGAAAUGUGCAGCCUGCACUGACCCUACGGGGGGAAUGGUUUAAUGGGGUACUGACCCGGGUCAUGAUCAUCAGUGAUAACCAGUGGGUUCCCAUGCAAUGUGCAGCCUGCACUGACCCUACGGGGGGGGGGGGGGGAGGUUUAAUGGGGUACUGACCCGGGUCAUGAUCAUUAGUGAUAACAAAUGGGUUCCCAUGCAAUGUGCAGCCUGCACUGACCCUACGGGGGGAAUGGUUUAAUGGGGUACUGACCCGGGUCAUGAUCAUCAGUGAUAACCAACGGGUUCCCAUGCAAUGUGCAGCCUGUACUGACCCUACAGGGGGAAUGGUUUAAUGGGGUACUGACCCGGGUCAUGAUCAUCAGUGAUAACCAGUGGGUUCCCAUGCAAUGUGCAGCCUGUACUGACCCUACAGGGGGAAUGGUUUAAUGGGGUACUGACCCGGGUCAUGAUCAUCAGUGAUAACCAACGGGUUCCCAACGGAACCGGCUUUUCUACACCUGUGGGUUUUGUAUUCAGGAAAGUAGAAAAACUGCGCUUGGUGCUUGUAGGUUCUGCCCCUACCCCCCCCCCCAGACUCUUGCUCUCCAGCGACGCACGGGUUAAUGGGAGCCCCCCCCCCCACCGUUAACAUUUCCUUUUUGAUUUUAUUUUCAUUUCCGAUUUUUUUUAUUUUUGUAAUUAGCACAACGUCCCAGCAAAUCUGAAAUGCUUUGUGUUGACAUUCCCCUGUAACUUAUCACGCACUCCGUUACCCCUGGAGUUGCAGGACUUCCCCCCCCCCCCAUUUCUAGCCCCCCCCACGUCUUAGCGUUAUGUUUCCCUUUUUGAAAUAUAUCCCUUAUAUCUGGCUACCUCGUUUUUUGUUUUUUUUUCCUUUCUACUCCCUGGAACGUUAGGAAAGUCUGAAUAACCGUUAUUUUUGUGCCUAGACUGGAAAUUCCAACCCUACGGGUUCUUAAUAUGAUAUAUGAUAACUUAUAUUUAAGGAUUUUACUGACUCGCUCCCCCUUUUGCAGCCACCCCCCCUCUUCCGGCUCCUGCUGGCCUACAACUCCCAGCAUUCUCCUUGAAGCUGUACGCCGGCAGUCGCUAUGGAGGCAGCGGCUGUGUAGAUAUCUCUGCUUUUAGCCUUUGCCAUAAUGGCAAGAAGGGCAAAAGUGGGUAUUUUUUUCCUCUCUAUUUUUUAGAUCUAUUGAUAUCCAUCACAAUAACAUUUUGGUGUUAAAUAUCUAAAAAAAAAAAAGCAUUGCAGAGCAAUGGAAGGCUUGGUGUUGUCAGGUGGUCAUGUGACAUGUUCAGUGAACACUUCCCCUUUAAAGUUUCCCCCCAUUACUGCUUACAUUCCAUUCGUUCCCAUAGCUGUGCUGCAAUAGACCAAUAGGGUUACAGCUUUCCCCCAGAGACACUUUAUUUACAUUUUCCCCCCAUUUUUAUCCCAAUCACCCCCCCCAGUGCAUGUAUAAGACUUUGGAACUUACAUCAAGCCUAGACUCUGAGCUCUUGCUGCCAGCGGGCACACGGAAUUGGGCAGAGCGGGGUGCCCUGGUAGCCGGAGUGGCAAUAUAUAUGCAAGCAUCACCCCUUCAUUACCCCCCCCCCCCCCCCUUCAUUAAUAAGUGCACCUUGAAAGCUUUUGUAUAACUGGGAAUACAUGCAAUGACAGUUCCACAAUCGGGUCGGAUCAGCGGCCGCCUUUGUAUUCCAUGGGGAGAAACUCAUUUUAGCUCAUUUUUGGGGUUUUAUUGUUUAAAAAAACAAAAACAAAUGACGUUCGCUUCAAACAGACUUUUUUUUUUUUUUUGGUCCCUUCAGCAUCUCCCACAGCUGGACGUCACUUAGAAAUGUGCCGAAAUUUCAUUGUACUGUGUGAAUUUGUAUAAAGAGAGAAAAAAAAACAGAUCCUCUGAAAACGCUUUAUAUUCUUACAGUUAAUGGUUAAAAACGGAUAUUUAUAUAAUAAAAGAGGAAAUAUGAUGUAUGUUUUUGAAAAAA